CAGGCUCACUCAGCCAUGGGCUUCCGGUUUUUAUUGUAUUUUAUUUUACUUUUACAGUUUUGGCCUUUGGCUGGCCUCAGUCUUCAGCAUCGUGGCCAGGAUGACUGGAAUGACAUCGACUCCAUUAAAAAGAAAGACCUUAACCACAGAAAUGGAGAUGAGAAAGCACAGAGUGUGGAGACCCUCCCUCCAGGGAAAGUCCGGUGGCCAGACUUUAACCAGGAGGCAUAUGUUGGUGGGACAAUGGUUCGCUCCGGGCAGGACCCCUACGCACGCAACAAGUUCAACCAAGUGGAGAGUGACAAGCUGCGCAUGGAUAGAGGCAUCCCUGACACCCGGCAUGACCAGUGUCAGCGGAAGCAGUGGCGGGGGGACCUGCCAGCUACCAGUGUGGUGAUCACAUUUCACAAUGAAGCCAGGUCAGCGUUGCUGCGGACAGUGGUCAGUGUCCUUAAGAGGAGUCCACCGCAUCUCAUCAAGGAGAUAAUCCUGGUGGAUGACUACAGCAAUGACCCUGAGGAUGGGGCCCUCUUGGGAAAAAUCGAGAAAGUGAGGGUCCUCAGAAAUGACCGACGAGAAGGUCUGAUGCGCUCUAGAGUCCGGGGUGCCGAUGCUGCCCAGGCCAAGGUCCUGACCUUCCUGGACAGUCACUGCGAGUGUAACGAGCGAUGGCUGGAACCGCUGCUGGAGCGGGUUGCUGAGGACAGGACCCGGGUUGUAUCCCCCAUUAUUGAUGUCAUUAACAUGGACAACUUCCAGUAUGUGGGUGCCUCUGCUGACCUCAAGGGUGGUUUUGACUGGAACUUGGUGUUCAAAUGGGAUUACAUGACACCAGAGCAGAGGAGAUCCCGGCAGGGGAACCCAGUCGCCCCUAUAAAAACCCCUAUGAUCGCUGGAGGACUGUUUGUGAUGGACAAGCUCUAUUUUGAAGAGCUGGGGAAGUAUGACAUGAUGAUGGAUGUGUGGGGAGGAGAGAACCUGGAGAUCUCAUUCCGAGUGUGGCAGUGCGGUGGCAGCCUUGAGAUCAUUCCAUGUAGCCGUGUGGGACAUGUGUUCCGGAAGCAGCACCCCUACACGUUCCCGGGUGGCAGUGGCACUGUCUUUGCCCGGAACACCCGACGGGCAGCUGAGGUCUGGAUGGAUGAAUACAAAAACUUCUAUUAUGCAGCAGUGCCUUCUGCCCGAAAUGUGCCCUAUGGAAAUAUUCAGAGCAGGCUGGAGCUCAGGAAAAAGCUGAGCUGUAAGCCUUUCAAGUGGUACCUGGACAAUGUCUACCCAGAGCUAAGGGUUCCAGAUCACCAGGACAUAGCUUUUGGGGCCUUGCAGCAGGGAACCAACUGCCUGGACACAUUGGGACACUUUGCUGAUGGAGUCGUUGGAAUUUAUGAGUGUCACAAUGCUGGAGGAAACCAGGAAUGGGCCUUGACAAAGGAGAAGUCAGUGAAGCACAUGGACCUAUGCCUUACUGUGGUGGACCGUUCACCUGGCUCACUCAUCAGGCUGCAGGGAUGCCGGGAGAAUGACAGCAGACAGAAGUGGGAGCAGAUCGAGGGCAACUCCAAGCUGCGGCAUGUGGGCAGCAACCUGUGCCUGGAUAGCCGCACGGCCAAGAGCGGAGGCCUGAGCGUGGAGGUGUGCGGCCCGGCCCUGUCGCAGCAGUGGAAAUUCUCACUCAACCUGCAGCAAUAAGAGGCCCCAAGGGCUCGCCGUCCACCUGCACACCGGCCCAGUUUGGUGAUCACCAUUAUGUUUCUGAAACUUUCCGCAAAACUAUAUACCUCAGUGUUCCAUCAUGGUGUGAAAGUCUUAAGUCUCAAGUCUUCAGCGAGGCAUAAGCUGGGCUGACAGCUGGGCGGAAGAGGAAAUGAGCCCCUGGGGCUCAGGACAGAGGGUCCCUCCCAAGGCUGGAAUCCUCUGCCUCCUGCUUUCUACCUUCUGCUCACUCCCCAGCAGAGGAACAGCCCAGUGCUGGCCGGAACAAGUGGACAAGCAGUAAACAUGUUUAUAUUGAGGACAGAGGGAGCAGGAGCAGCUGCCCUCACAGCAAGAACUCAAAAAUCUCCAUUUUGUUUUUUUACUCAUCCAAAAUCAUGUGUGUGAACCAGGCAUGGUGGCCAAUGCCUGUAAUCCGUCACUCAGGAGGCUGAGGCAGGCAAGACGCUGUCUAAGGGGGGGAAAAAAGUGAUUUCCACAAAGCCGACCUUUCCUUGCAGAUUUCCGUGUUUAUCCCUGUCCUUGUACCUCUGGGCCAGCUGCCCUCCCAGCCACUUCCCCUCUUCCCCUGACGUACUUGCUGUAUUUGAAUAUGAACUUUCCUACGAGUGGGACACUCAACAGAGAUACAUAUAAAGAGAAUGGCGGUCAGUUCCCUAUGCUUUCCCUACAUCACCAUCGUGAACCCCACAGCGCAGCUCGGCCAUGCAGAGGGGCCUGCAUUCCCAGAGCCAAAGGUGACAUCACUGUCUCUGGAACCUCACCAGCCAGUCCACGCUGCUCUGCCAGGUGCAGACGUCCCUGAACCACUGGCCCCAGCCCAUAAGCAUCAAUGUUUAACUUCAACAAGGGAGUUGCGGCUGGGUUAGAAAGUCCACUUUGUGCCCAUUGUCAUCUAUAAACCUAAAUAGGUUACCUCUUUGGCAAGUUAUUACUUUGGAGUUUUCUUUUAAAAAUUAGAUUUCUUUUCUUUAGGAAAACUCAGUCCCACAGCUUCUAACUAAUGUGAGCCAAUAGGACCCCACUGCCUUGUGACAGACCAGGGACACUGGACAGCUGUCACAUGCUAUCCCAAGGUUCAUAGUGGCUUGAGGCCCCAUAUGUUGGGUCUUUGGCACUAACUGAGCUGCCGGCAGAGCACAGAGGGCCAGCCCUUUAGCAUGUGGGUGAACCCCACAUUGUCUGCAGCCCUGGAACAGGUGAUACCCCCAGGUAGAUCCACAGGCUGGUGCAGGAACUGUGGGUAGAGUUAGGACCACAGGACCUGUGCAUUCACAUGGUGGACCCAGGCAUAUGUCAGCCACAGAGGCAGCCUGGAUGUCUGCCUUGUAGGGCUGCAAGCGUCACAUGCGCACAUCUCAGGUGUCCCAGAGAUCACAGGAACCAUAGCGUUUCAGGCGGUCAGAGGGCCUACAAGUGAAUGCUCUGCUUCAAACCUGUACCAAAAGGGGGCAUGGCUAGUUAUCUUCUACUUGAGGAGUUCCAUGUGUGUGCACACCAUGACCACGGGCCCUCUGUGAAGGGCUGGCCAGGUGCUGACCCUCUGUCUUUUUAACCCCUGCCAAGCAGCCAAAAAAAAAAAAAAAAAAA